UGUUCUGCAUCUCUUACAUAUUGGUCCCACCUUCCCCGACUCUGUUCUCUUUCAUCAAAAACACAGUUGACCUUGAACCCCCACAUGCUUCCUUCAUUCCUCUCAAGGCUACAAACACAGCCGCCUUUCCAAGAACAAAUUUUCCCAUGGAAACCACUCAUUUCUUGACAACUUGUAAUAUAAAACAAAGACCACCCUCUUUUUAUCAGCUCAAUCUUUGCCGUUCUCCACUCUAAUUGUCAGAAGAUGAACUUGAACAUAGCCAAACAUCUUGCACUACCAUAAAUUUUCAAGCUUUAUCAACCUUUUCAUGUCUUUUCAAUUCACAUAGCUUCACUUCAAUGCCAAAAAUGGGCUUAAAGAAGCUCAAAAUCUGCACUUCUUGGUCAAUGCUAAUCUGGGUCGUUGUAGUUUUGAGUUUACAGAAUUUAGUCAGGUGUCAAGAUGUGGGGGACUACAAUGAAAUUGACAAUCCUGCAGUUCUUCCACUCAUUACACAGCUUGUUUAUAGCAGGAUGUCAAAUCUGACAGCAGUUAUUAGCAGGGAUAUCAGCAACCGAUCUACUUUCUGUAUCAAAGACCCGGAAGAUGAUUGGAACCAGGCAUUCAAUUUUUCUUCCAAUUUGGAUUUCUUGACGAAAUGCAUUCAAAAGACUGGAGGAGAUAUCACACGGCGGAUAUGCACAGCAGCAGAAAUGAAAUUCUACUUCAACAAUUUCUUUCAGCCUUCAAGCAUUGACAAUUAUUUGAAACCUAACAAGAACUGCAAUUUAACCUCGUGGGUUUCUGGUUGUGAGCCAGGAUGGGCUUGCAGUAUUGGUCCAAAUCAGCCAGUCGACCUUGAAAAUUCAAAGGAAAUCCCUGCAAGAACUCGCAGCUGUCAGGCUUGCUGUGAAGGUUUCUUCUGUCCCCAUGGUCUUACCUGCAUGAUACCUUGCCCGCUAGGUUCUCACUGUCCACUUUCAAGACUCAAUAGGGCAACUGGAGUAUGUGAACCGUACAGUUAUCAACUACCUCCAGGACAGCCAAACCAUACCUGUGGAGGAGCAAACAUAUGGGCUGAUGUUGGCAGUAGUAGUGAAAUAUUCUGUUCAGCUGGGUCAUACUGUCCAACUACGGUCCAGAAAAAUUCUUGCAGUAGUGGACAUUACUGCAGGAUGGGAUCUACAUCUGAGACACCCUGCUUCAAGUUGACUUCAUGUAAUGCAAACUCCCCAAGUCAAAAUAUUCAUGCCUAUGGGAUUAUGUUAAUAGCUGCUUUGACUACUCUGCUACUUAUUAUUUACAACUGUUCUGAUCAAGUUCUCACCACUCGAGAGAGAAGAUUAGCCAAAUCCAGGGAAGCAGCGGCAAGAAGUGCAAGAGAAACAGCACGAGCACAUCAAAGGUGGAAAGCUGCUAAAGAUGCUGCUAAGAAGCAUGCAAGUGGAUUGCAAGCUCAUUUCUCACGAACAUUUUCUCGUAAGAAAUAUGUCACGCAUCCUGAGCGACUUAAGAUUUUGGAUCAAGCUAAAUCUGAAAUAGAUGAAGAUUUGUAUCCUACAAACUCAAAUGCUUCGAUUACAUCUCUGGCUUCACCUGCACCAUCAAAAGGAAAGAAAAAGGAACCCAAUGACCUUAUGCAGAUUAUGCAUGAAAUUGAAGAUGACCCUGGUAGCUAUGAGGGGAUCAGUCUUGAAUUUGAAGAUCCAAAUACUAAGAGACAUUUGCCAAAGGGGAAAGAAAUGAAUACGCAUAGCCAAAUUUUCAAGUAUGCAUAUGCUCAGAUUGAGAAAGAGAAAGCUAUGCAGCAACAAAACAAGGAUCUCACAUUCUCGGGAGUAGUUUCAUUGGCCACCAAUACCGAAAUCAAGAAAAGGCCUCUAAUUGAGAUUUCAUUCAAAGACCUAACCCUUACUUUGAAAGCCAAAAACAAGCAUCUAUUAAGGUGUGUAACAGGCAAAAUCAAGCCUGGCCGUAUUACAGCUGUAAUGGGUCCAUCAGGAGCUGGGAAGACAACCUUUCUUUCUGCUCUUGCAGGAAAAGCAAUUGGAUGCAGGAUGACUGGUUUGAUUCUUAUCAAUGGGAAAAAUGAAUCCAUCCACUCAUAUAAGAAAAUUAUUGGUUUUGUUCCACAAGAUGAUAUUGUGCAUGGAAACUUGACAGUUGAAGAGAACCUCUGGUUCAGUGCACAUUGCAGACUAUCUGCUUUCAUGCCAAAACCAGAUAAAGUUCUGAUUGUUGAAAGAGUUAUUGAGUCUUUAGGUCUACAAUCAGUACGGGACUCUAUGGUAGGAACAGUGGAGAAGCGAGGAAUUUCUGGAGGCCAGAGGAAGCGAGUAAAUGUUGGACUGGAAAUGGUCAUGGAACCUUCACUUUUGAUCUUAGAUGAGCCCACAUCUGGUCUGGACAGUGCAUCCUCUCAGCUUCUUCUUAGAGCACUUCGGCGUGAAGCUCUUGAAGGGGUAAACAUCUGCAUGGUUGUUCACCAACCAAGCUAUGCCUUGUUCAAAAUGUUCGAUGACUUGGUUCUUCUUGCAAAAGGUGGCCUUAUUGUCUAUCAUGGUCCAGUGAAGAAGGUUGAAGAAUACUUUGCAGGCCUUGGGAUUCAUGUCCCAGAGCGUGUUAAUCCUCCUGACCACUAUAUUGACAUUUUGGAGGGUAUAGUGACAUCAAAUGCGAUCUCAGGUGUGAAUUAUAAGGAACUUCCUCUUAGAUGGAUGCAUCAUAAUGGAUACCCCAUGCCUCCAGAUAUGCAAAAGUAUGCUGCUGGACUUGUUAUGUCACCUGUGGAAGCAAAUCCAGAUCUGAGAUCAAAUCCUACUGACACUGGAAUGGGGGGACAGUCUUUUGCUGGGGAAUUAUGGCAAGAUGUUAAGAGUAAUGUGGAGUUGCAUCGGGAUAAGAUACGACACAAUUUUUUGAAGUCCAGUGAUUUAUCAUAUCGGAGAACUCCAGGAGUAUUCCAGCAAUACAGAUACUUCCUUGGCAGGAUUUCUAAACAGAGACUAAGGGAAGCUAAAAUCCAAGCAGCAGAUUAUCUGAUCUUAUUUCUUGCCGGAGCCUGCUUAGGAUCAAUUACAAAACCUAGCGAUCAAACUUUCGGGGCUACUGGUUAUGCACAUUCCAUUAUUGCAGUUUCUCUCCUUUGCAAGAUAGCGGCUUUAAGAACAUUUUCUCUUGAGAAGUUACAGUACUGGAGAGAGAGUGCCUCUGGCAUGAGUAGUGUAGCUUACUUUCUUGCCAAGGAUACAUUUGACCAUUUUAAUACAGUGGUCAAGCCAGUGGUUUACCUCUCUAUGUUCUAUUUCUUCACCAACCCAAGAUCUUCCUUCACCGAUAAUUACAUUGUCAUGCUUUGUCUUGUCUACUGUGUAACUGGAAUAGCCUAUGUACUGGCCAUCUUUUUUGAACCAGGUCCAGCCCAGCUGUGGUCAGUUCUUCUUCCGGUUGUUUUGACUCUCAUUGCAUCACAACCAAACAAAAGUGAAGUUUUGAAGUUUGUAGCCAAGCUGUGCUAUCCUAAUUGGGCUUUGGAAGCGUUUGUGAUUGCAAAUGCUGAAAGGUACUAUGGAGUGUGGCUGAUUACUCGUUGUGGUUCUCUAAUGAAAACCGGUUAUAAUCUUCAUUAUUGGGGUCUAUGUAUAUUCAUCCUCAUUCUCAUAGGUCUAGUUAGUCGAGUUGUGGCAUUCUUUGGGAUGAUAACCUUCCAAAAGAAGUGAAUUCAUAGUCCAAGCACCAUUCUUUUUCCAUUCUAUCAUACUUGCAAAUAUGCCCACAAACCCAAAUAUUCUGGCCUCCAAUCAAUUUUAUCGCAUUUUGGAGUUUAUUCUA